UGCUCGUGCAUGUGGGCCGUUACUUUCCGGGUUGAGCUCAUGGGGAGCGGUAGUUGCGCUGCCAGCUGACACCGAGGAGGGAGGUCACUCUCUCUCUCUCUGUCUGUGCCUGUAUCUCUCUGUCUGUGAGUGAGGCUGCGAACCGGAGCAUCAUCAUCAUCAUCACCACCACCAUCAUCAUCUCCACCAUCAUCAUCAUCAUCAUCAUGGCGGAUCAAGGCGAAGCUCCGGCCGCCGUCCUCCUGCCUCAGCAGCCGGCGGCAGCGCUGACAACCAGCUGGCCAAUAAGCCGGGAGUCGUACGAGCUGCAGGAAGUCAUAGGCAGCGGGGCCACAGCUGUGGUGCAGGCGGCCCUCUGCACCCCUAGACAGGAGCGCGUGGCCAUAAAGAGAAUCAACCUGGAAAAAUGCCAGACCAGCAUGGACGAGCUGUUGAAAGAAAUUCAAGCCAUGAGUCAGUGCUACCACCCCAAUGUCGUCACCUACUACACCUCCUUCGUGGUGAAGGAUGAACUCUGGUUAGUGAUGAAGCUUCUGAGCGGAGGCUCUAUGCUGGAUAUAAUUAAGCACACAAGCAAAGAAGAGGACAAAAAUCGAGCUCUGGAUGAGCCUAUUAUCGCUACUAUAUUAAACGAAGUGCUGGAGGGUCUGGACUACCUGCACAGAAAUGGACAGAUUCACAGGGAUGUGAAAGCUGGGAACAUACUACUGGGAGAAGACGGAUCUGUUCAGAUUGCAGAUUUUGGAGUAAGUGCGUUCCUAGCUACAGGGGGCGAUAUGACCAGAAACAAAGUACGAAAGACUUUUGUCGGCACACCAUGCUGGAUGGCACCGGAGGUGAUGGAACAGGUACGAGGUUAUGAUUUCAAAGCAGAUAUAUGGAGUUUUGGAAUUACAGCCAUAGAGUUAGCGACGGGCUCCGCACCCUAUCACCGCUACCCUCCCAUGAAGGUUUUAAUGCUUACCCUACAGAACGACCCACCCACUCUAGAGACGGGUAUCGAGGACAAGGAAACGCUAAAAAGAUACGGCAAAUCGUUUCGGAAGCUAAUAACUAUGUGCCUUCAGAAGGAUCCUGCCAAAAGGCCGACAGCCGCAGAGCUUUUGAAGUGCAAAUUCUUCCAGAAGGCCAAGAACAAAGAAUACCUGAUUGAAAAGCUUUUGUGUUGUGCACCAAAGAUUUCUCAGCGAGCUAAGAAGGACCCUGAACACAGACGGGGGAGCCUUGGUGCUGUGUCAGGUUUGGAUAAUAAUCCUGACACCAGCAGAAGGGUGAGGAGGGUGCCAGGCUCCAGCGGUCACCUGCACAAGACGGAGGACGGAGACUGGGAGUGGAGCGACGAUGAGCUGGACGAGGGCAGCGAGGAGGGAAAGGCUGCAGUGAAUCAGGGCAGGUCACGAAGGGUCAGAGAUGAGGCCGAUGAUAAAGAGGACACCAACAAUGUUCCCAUUGAAGGGUUAUCUAUUCACCAUCCCCAGGUUGAACCGUAUGGAGAUAAACCAGACAUUCAAGGUGCUGUGAACAUGGUUCUGCGGCUAAGGAACUCGAAGAAGGAGCUGAACGACAUCCGCUUUGAAUUCACUCCUGGCCGAGACACAGCCGAUGGUGUUUCCCAGGAACUGUUCUCGGCUGGACUGGUCAACGGGCACGAUGUGGUUAUUGUUGCUGUCAACCUUCAGAAGAUUGUCGAUGACCCCACUACAUACAAAGUAUUGACCUUUAAGCUGGAGUCCGGCUGUGACGACACGGAGAUCCCGGACGAGGUGAAGCUGAUCGGCUUUGCGCAGCUGAGCGUCAGCUGAUGCUCUCUUUACGCCUGAAGCAGGUGAGACAGUUCAGGGCAGACAGACUGAGGAGCACACACCACCACUUCCUGCAACUUCCUCCCGACAACCCCCCCUCAAAAACUCCUCCUCCCUCACUCCCCUUCACCUCCCCCAAGGCUAAGCUCUGCCGCCGCCGCCUUCACCCCCUUAGCGCACACCUCCCUGCUCACUGCCCCCUGACCUUUAACCUUGACAACAUUCCACCGCCCAGCGCACGGAGCGGGAUCAGGAUACAGCCCAGGAACCUAAAGAUGAACUCAGGUGGAGAAAGAAGAUGAUAAAGAUGUAGCUUUGAAUGUUAUAUUUAUAAAAAAAAAAAAUUAUUUUCCUCAUUUUUAUUUGACAUCUCAUUACCUCUGUUUUCCGCAGAAGCUCUCGGUAUUUAUUGAAAUUAGAAUGAUUUCUAUUUUUAAUUCACCUUUUUUGUUGCCAUGGUAAAAAAACAAAAACAAAUUUGCUUUAACUCGCAUCUCACAGACUCGCUCAUUUGUGCUGUUUGUCUGAGGUCUGCUGUCAGAAUGUAAGAAUUGAGUUCAUUUAAGGGGACAAGCACAUUUUCAUAUUAACAUAAUGAAUGUCUAAAAAGAACAUGAAUUGUAAUUCUUCGUCAAGACCUGUUUUACACUGACGAGAAGGGAACCAUUUGCUUGAGUGUGCAGCUUUAAAAAAAGAAAAAAAGAAGCGAGACCUGGAUGUUACUGUGUAUAAUUUGCUGCUCUCGACAGUGUUACUGCUUCAAAAUGCUAGAGGUGCCUUGUUCAUUUUUCUGUGCCUAAGGAAGUAGUCAGUGAGUGAGACCACACAAAGACCAGAACCUGCUGAUUUUUCCAUUUCACAAAUGUAUUACUCCAGCAAUGACACAGCUCACAUGAAAGUAUCUUAAUGACACACGCUACAAUGCACUUUUUGGCCCCCCCUCCCCUCUCCCCCCGACAAGCUGACGCUUAUGGCCCCGGAGACAAGUUUAACUCGUGUGCUCUCAUCACCAGACGCAUAAAAAAAAUAACAGAACCUGUGCUCAUGUAAUCCGCUCUGGUUUCUGCGUUUUCAGAUGCCAGGCUAGCAGACAAAAAUCCUCUCACUCUGUCCUGCUGCACUACGAAACAUUCUUUUUUUGUUCCCCAAAAUCAUUGUAGUUAUUAAAAUGUACUGUACAACAACGCAUCUGAGGAUGAAAAACCAAAAGGCAUCUACUGAGAGGGUGACGAGCCAUUUGUUUGUUCAAACAAGUCCUGUAGCUCGAAAUCAUUUUUAAGUAUUGAGGUGGUUAAUAUUAACUUGUACUAAAUUCUUUAUUUUAUGACGUAAUUUAUUGUUUUCUAUGUACAGUAUGUGAACCAUUUCAGCAUAUUACCCCUUCUCCCUCUGUAAUCAGCUGAUGUCAAGUUUCUGACGAGGAGCGACGAAUAAAAUAUUGCUAUUAUUUAAAAAAA